CCCCCGAAGGUUCCUGAAGUCGCGGGGGAAGCAGCCAAUCGGCGGGAGACGCGGGUGGGGGGGAGCUUUUUCCGGCUGAGUGAGGAGGAGGGGACGACACUCGCUCGCUGGCGCGGAGGCAACCAUGAGGCUCUCGGUGGCGGCCUGGAUCUCGCACGGGCACGUGCAGCGGCGCUUCGGGCUGGGCCUCCGCUCGCGCCUCGACCUGCUGCGGAACCUGGUCACGGGGCUGGUGCGGCAUGAGCGGAUCGAGGCCCCCCGCGCGCGCGUGGACGAGAUGCGCUUCUACGCCGAGCGCCUGAUUGACUAUGCAAAGCGUGGUGACAUGGACCCCAAAGCAAUGCGUAUGGCCAACUUCUGGCUGACGGAAAAAGAUCUCCUCCACAAGCUUUUCAAAGUGCUGGCUCCACGCUUCCAGGCUUAUGAAAGGAACUACACGCGGAUGCUGCAGAUUCCCAAUCGGGAUAACCUGGACCGAGCCAAAAUGGCCGUCAUAGAGUACAAGGGGAACCCAUUCCCACCACUCCCUUGUCCACACAAGGACAGCGAGAAGACUCUGGUGAACCAGCUUCUGAAGGGCUAUCGAGAGGACAUACUCAGGACUAGAGAAACCCAGAACCUGGCGGGGACCGUCAGCACCGCUGUGUAGACAGUCAUGUUACUACUUCUCUGGGUGAGGGAGUGAACCACCUACAUUGUCACAUGGCCGCUGCCAGGACGUGGCUUGUCUCUCAAGUGCAGCCUUUCAGCUGUCCUUGUCAGUUGGUGGCAUCCCUCCCACUUCUCAGUGGUGCUGGUGAGCUGGAUGCAGGUCUGUGCAAGGCCUCUCUCAUCUGUUGUACCAGACGUGAGGAGGUUGGCUUUCACCUUUUAAGUCCUUUUAGGUGACAGAAGACCAGUCUGUUCCCUUAAUUUGCAUGUAAAUAAAAGUGACCGUUGGACAAAUGCA